AUGGCAAUCGACUCGAGUAAAGAACAUGCGCCCGGGACGGGCGCAACCACCAUCGGCGACAACAACAGCAUCACGCGCUGCGAGCUUCGCAACUGCGCCGUGACCAGCUCCAACCUGAAGCGCAGCACCUUCACAGACUGCGCCCUAGCGCAGGUGCGCACAGCCAGCCGCAGCACAGCCUCAAAGUCCCACCUGCACGAUGUCUACGCUGUUGAGCGCAGCGACCUCUCUCACAGUGCAGUCACCGGCCGCAGCGCCGUCCACCGAAGCACGGUCAUCUCAUCGACUGUUCGAGAUGCCAGUAGUGUCAAGCGCAGCUCUGUGACGAACUCUUUGGUGCUCAAGGGUGAACUGUGGAGAGCGACGGUGACGGAUUGCGACAUCGGAGACUGCAUCAUCCAUCGGUCGGAAUUCACGGGGGUAAUCCUCAAGUACGGGGUGUGGAAGCGAGGAAAGCUGGUCGGCCGGAUUGGAAACCGUGAGCCUGUUAUGGUCUCCAAGGGCGGCACUCACAUUCCUGCUGCGGAAUUACCCCCAACUUCAGCCCUUCCCAUGGUCUCUGAAAGGGAUGUCAAGUCUGCUUUUCCUCCGUCUGAUAAUGAAGGUCAUGAAGCUUUUGAUAUGAGCUCUGAUGACGAGAGCCUUGAUAACGAGCCGGAUCUGCCACCUCCUUACAAGGUGUAG